AUGACUUUCAUCCUCUGGAUUAUCACGAACUUCGUUCGCUGGAUCCGCUUGAAGAUCUACCAGUAUGAAGUGACAUUUGCUAUCUACAUGCUGACGCCCACGGAAAAGUUCAUCUUCAACUCCCUCCUCCUCACCCUUAUCACCAUGAUCGCCACCGGCAUCUACAUCUACCUCCCCGACCACCUCCGCUCCAUUUACGGCCACCUGUACUACUACUGGGCCGGCGAACGACCCUUCAUCUCCAGCCGUCUCGGCUCAAUAAGCUCCGUCUUCGGCGAGAGUGCCACCCAAAGCCUGGAAGUAGUCUACGAGACUGCGAAGAACGCGGCCGCCGCCCCGACCCUUGAGCAACUGGGCGAGUUGUGA